UUCUCCCUUCAUCAAUUCUGACUCUGAGGGAGCAAUAUGGUCUUGAAGUUGGUUUCUCCUCUGCUCCUGUUGGCUUUCGAAUUGCACUUUGCUUCUGCUGGAGUCCGGGCUCUACCAGCACCUACCUAUAGUCAAACCUAUCAACUUCCACCAAUUGCAGUAGAGACAGCAGAAACUCAUCUCCACUACGAGCCGCAGAAGGAGUUGCUUCACAAGCAGCAGCAGCAAAAGUAUCCUCAGCAGCCUCCUUACACCCUCCCUAGCAACCCGAAAACUAGAGGUCUAGUGCAAAACAUUGACCAACUUUACUCCGGAGGAGGCAAAGUGGGAUACCUCUUAUAUGUGGAGGGAAAGAAAUUUCUCUUGGAUUUGGAACAAGAUGGAUCAGUGGGCUUUCCGGAGCUUUUGAACACUGGUUCUGACCAGAACGGUCAGCAGGAGACAUUGCCUCCAUCUCAACACCACCGGGAUCACUGCUUCUACCGUGGCACUGUGGAUGGAAGCCCCCGCUCCCUGGCCCUCUUUAACCUCUGCGGAGGAAUGAAGGGCUUCUUCGCUGUUAAACAUACUCGCUACACCAUAAAGCCAUUGUUGCUGGGGACAAGGGAAGCUGAAGAGGAGCGGGUUUAUCGGGACGGGUCGCUCCAGGUGCCGCACGUCUUCACUAGAGAGGGCUUCAGUUUCAAAACUCUGAAGCUUCGCAGCAGCUGCGAGACCCCUAGCUCUCCCAGGACCGGCCAUAGACAACCAGAAGCAGUUCCUACUAAGAUGUUUCAGAACAAACCAUCUCCGCAGCCCUUUGCCGCACCAGCGGCCGAACCACAAAAGGGGUGGCGACGUCAGCGGCGCUCCAUCUCCAGGGCCAGGCAGGUGGAGCUGCUGCUUGUGGCGGAUGUAUCUAUGGCCAAGAAGUAUGGCCGGGACUUGCAGCAUUACCUGUUGACUUUGGCCUCCAUUGCUUCCCGGCUUUACAGUCACCCAAGCAUCGAGAACCACAUCCGCCUAGCAGUGGUGAAGGUGGUGGUGUUGGAUGACAAGGAGAAAGGGUUGGAAAUAAACAAAAACGCUGCCACUACACUCAAGAAUUUUUGCAAGUGGCAACACCAACACAACCAGUUGGGAGAUGAUCAUGAGGAACAUUACGAUGCAGCUAUUCUCUUUACCCGGGAGGAUUUAUGUGGGCAUCAUUCAUGUGAUACUCUGGGAAUGGCAGAUGUUGGGACCAUAUGCUCUCCUGAGCGCAGCUGUGCAGUGAUUGAGGAUGAUGGCCUCCAUGCAGCUUUUACAGUUGCUCAUGAAAUUGGACACCUACUUGGACUAUCUCAUGAUGAUUCCAAAUUUUGUGAGGACAACUAUGGCUCCAUGGAAGAUAAACGCUUAAUGUCUUCCAUCCUAACUAGCAUUGAUGCUUCCAAACCUUGGUCCAAGUGUACCUCAGCAACCAUUACAGAGUUCUUGGAUGAUGGUCAUGGUAACUGUUUGCUGGACUUACCAAGAAAGCAGAUCCUGGGCCCUGAAGAGCUCCCAGGACAGACAUAUGAUGCUAUCCAUCAAUGCAAGCUGGCAUUUGGGCCUGAGUACACAGUAUGUCCUGGCAUGGAUGUCUGUGUUCGCCUGUGGUGUGCAGUUGUUCGACAGGGCCAAAUGGUGUGUCUGACCAAGAAGCUGCCAGCUGUGGAGGGGACGCCAUGUGGGAAAGGAAGGAUUUGCCUUCAGGGCAAGUGCGUCGACAAAACCAAGAAAAAAUAUUAUUUGACAUCAAACCAUGGCAACUGGGGUUCCUGGGGCUCAUGGGGCCAAUGUUCCCGUUCCUGUGGGGGAGGAGUUCAGUUUGCUUUUCGCCAUUGUAAUAAUCCAGCACCUAGAAACAAUGGACGAUACUGCACUGGAAAGAGAGCCAUCUAUCGUUCCUGCAGUGUCACAGAAUGUCCAGCAUAUGCUAAACCCUUUCGUCAGGAGCAAUGUGAAGCUAAAAAUGGAUUUCAGUCGGAUAUAAAAGGGAUCAAAACAUUUGUGGAGUGGGUCCCCAAAUAUGCAGGAGUUCUGCCUGCAGAUGUGUGCAAGUUGACUUGUCGAGCCAAAGGAACAGGCUAUUAUGUGGUAUUUUCCCCAAAGGUGAAGGAUGGAACUGAAUGUAGACCAUAUAGUAAUUCAAUUUGUGUUCAAGGGAAGUGUGUGAGAACUGGUUGUGACAACAUUAUUGGUUCAAAGCUCCAAUAUGAUAAAUGUGGAGUGUGCGGAGGAGAUAAUUCCAGCUGUACAAAGAUCAUGGGAACUUUUAAUAAAAAAAGUAAGGGUUACACAGAUGUAGUGCGGAUACCUGAAGGUGCCACCCAUAUCAAAGUCCGACAAUUCAAGGCAAAAGACCAGAACAGAUUCACUGCUUACUUAGCCCUGAAAAAGAAAAGCGGUGAGUACUUGAUCAAUGGGAAGUAUAUGAUAUCUACAUCAGAGACCAUUAUCGACAUCAAUGGGACCGUCAUGAACUACAGUGGUUGGAGCCACAAGGAUGACUUCUUGCAUGGGAUGGGAUAUUCAGCUACAAAGGAGAUUCUUAUAGUUCAGAUUCUUGCAACAGACUCAAGCAAAGCAGUAGAUGUUCGCUAUAGUUUCUUUGUUCCCAAAAAGUCAACAUCCAAAUCAAACUUGGUCAGUAAUCAUGGAAGCAAUAAAAUGGGAUCACAGACUUCCCAGCUGCAGUGGGUUACAGGGCCAUGGCUUUCCUGUUCUAGAACAUGUGAUACAGGCUGGCACACCAGGACUGUGCAAUGCCAGGAUGGACACCGGAAAUUAGCAAAAGGAUGUCUCCUUUCACAGAGGCCCUCAGCAUUCAAACAGUGUUUGCUAAAGAAAUGUUAG